UCGCAAGAAUGUCGAACAUUAAUUCAGUGAAUAAACAAACUGCUCGGUGAAACAUUAAAAACAACAACUCGGUCUUUUUUUUUUACUUUGCAAACGUAGUGGCCGGUUAAACGACCUACACAUCGCCGAGACUAAUGAUGAAAACGACGAGAUAAAGAUUCAUGCAGUACCGUACCGGUACGGUGUGGACAUGGGCGAAUGAAAAUAGGCACGACAUGCUUUACUUUAGUCAGAGUUAGACAAGAUCAAGUCUUCAUUCAGUUCAAGAAGAGGUCAGAUACAGAGUCAGAGGAAACAUGGAUAUAAUAAUUGCCUUUUCACGGCAGGCUAUGUACUGUUUGGUUCAUCAUCAUCAUAGAUGUAUGAGAUGGAAACAGCUUGGAUCACUUGUUUAUACAGGUAGAAGUCCCUACCAACCUCAAUUUCAUCAGUGUCAUCAUGAUGCUUUCAACAAUGACUUAAAUGGAAUAAUACAGCAAGAAAUUAAAGAAGGCAAACAUAAAGAGAGAAGUGAUAUGAAUAUUGGAGAUAAUGGACUCACACUUGCAAAACAGAAUAGGAGUGUUGAAUCACCGUCGUUAAUUGAAAAUCAGGAAAACACAAGGAAGUCUGUAGAUGAUGCUAAUUCGACAAGAUCAACCUCAGAUACCUCUCGGGUCAGUAGUUCAAUGUCAAGUAGUUCACAGGAUGACAGUAUCAAGGGGAAGAACUCAACAAAUGACAUUUCAGAGAAAACAGUUCAUGAUGAUGAAUCUAGAAGGAAAGAACCACCAGUAGCCCCAGAUCCUGAGACAUGCUGUGAAAGUGGUUGUGUAAACUGUGUCUGGAUCAAGUAUGCUGAAGAGAUCAAAGACUACUAUCCAGAUCAUCAAGAAAGAUUAAAAGAAAUUCUGGAUUUGAUUGAAGAUUACAAUGUCAAGAUGUUUGUCAGGAUGGAACUGGGCAUCAAAAAGUAGUCUCGACCCCAACUAGACAUGGAAAUGGAAUAGUACUUCUACUUCUAUGAUGAUACUCAGCAGGAUCCAUAAGUCAGGAUGUAGUGCUAAGAAAGUAGUAAACUGUAUGGUGCAAUGUUUAUAUUUCUAAGGAUACAUGUAUUUACAGUACAUAUAGACAAGAUUCUGAAUGCAAGUUUGCAAUAUGCCUCUAUAUUUAGAUCUAGAAAAAAAGAUUCCUCCUCUUCAAGAUGGCUGGCAAGGAGCAUGGCUUUUGUAUAGUCAUAUUUCAUCACUCAUUUUUCCAACAUUAAUCUAUAUCAAUCAGGAUCAAAACAGUGUACACUUUGGACAAUGACGUAAUCAAUUAGACUAUUCUGUAUCUAUGUAUUCUUACAUAAAAUUGCUUUAUCUUUGUUUUCAUAUUGAUUAAAGAUAUUUUUACAGUUUCCUACCCAUGUACUUUUUAUCAAUUCUUUUAGCCACUUCAGGCAAAAGCUGUCACCAAAUUUACUCUCUCCCCCUCUUCACUUUCUCAACUUUGAACUUGUGUAUAGAAAUCAAACAUAUAGGUUUUGAAACAGGGAAUUAAAAGUUCUUAAUGCUUGUUCUUUAAUGACGGUGCAUCUGAAAUGCAAACACAAUUUUUUAUUGUCUUAAGUGUAAAGUUUCCAUUGCACAAAGCUUAUUCAGUAUGUAGGCCCUUAUCUGGAAAACAAAUACUUUCAACUUUAUUGAAAGCAAGAAACAAUAUAGAAAAGGACACAUUUCAAUGUAUAAACUUGAACUUGGACUUAAAGCCUGUCUUUAACUUUGGUAAAUCCCCAAAAUGUGACUAUCACUAUUCUUAUUCAUUACUUGAUUAUAUGAAUGUUUAUGCCCUGAAAUAGUUAUUAUGUGGGGGAUAUGAAAUGAAUAUGUUUUUUACAGUACCGGUAUAAAUUUUGUGAUUUGACAUGAAAAAUAUUUUGAUCUGGUGCCCGAUCAAAUUAAAAUCUCUGCAUGGUUUUUCCAUUUGAUAUAAAACCUAUUCCAAAGCAUGGACUGGGCAGAAAAUUUCAGGAUAUAAACUUUGUUCAUAGCUUCUUGAUAUAUUAUCCAUAAUCUUGUAAGAAAAAAUGAAAAUAUCGCCGAUAGAGGGCAUUAAAUAUGUUUCAUUUGAGAAUUUAAAUAUUCACAGAGAAUAGGCACUUAAAAAAAGAUCAGAUGGCUACUAUGACUUUUUAAGAGUAGACUGUUGGAUGAUACUCAAAUCCAGGAGGGGGGGGGGGCACUUACAUUGAUUAGUGGAUACCAUGCGCGACCAAAAAACAUGUACAAAGGAUGUCUUUUUCAAGAUAGGGCACGUUACGUAUGUAACGUAAUAAGGGUGUCAAAAACACUGAAAUAAUGAAUAAAGGGUAUCUAUUUCGCUAGGAAAGCUACAUGUUUAGGGUCAAAUUUGCGAGGGUAUAAAGAAUUAAGACUAAACUGUUUUAUAAAGGAUGUACUUUUUGCCCCAACAGUCAACACUUCGUGUUUAGAGUACGAUUUGCGCAAGGUGUUGGAGGUAGGGCUGUACUAGACCCAAUGAUGUACAUGUAGGUAAAGGUAAAACCGACGUCCGUGACAUAACAAUUAAAAUUUGUACUUGUUUAGGGGUUCAAUUCGGGGGAAUACUUGCCAAGAGUAUCAUUUUGUUUCCAAUACUUGUUAAGGGUAGGAUUUCACACGCCAAUACUUGUAGGGGUGCAUUUUCCGAAUAAGGAAAAUACUUGUGCAGGGUGCUUUUCGAGACCCUAUGGUCGCGCAUGGUACAAUGUAUCCACUCAUCAAUGGAAGUGCCCCCCCCCCUUGGGACUCAAAUAUGAUCCAUCUUAUUGAUCCUUUACUAAAGACAGGCUUUAAAUUGUCCUAUAAGUAUAGUUUGUAGAAUGGGGCCUGAAUCUGGAUAAGAAUUAACUUGAAUUGACAUGCUGAGGUAUUUCAUUACUAUUUUAUUUAUUGUAAUGAAAAAAAGGGUUCCGUAAUGUUCAAACUACAUUUAUACUUCUCAGAGUGCUUUAUAACUAAAUCUUUUUGCUGCUUGGUUCUGUUUAUGUAUUUAUUUUAUUUUUUGGUAUUUGAUGGUAAAUACAAGAAUAUAAUUAUCAGGAUUCAUUGUACUGUAAUUAGAAGUGAGUGAUAACACUCAAAUAUUUCAUCAUUCUUUGUUUAAUAAUAUGUAGAUGACUUUCUUGUCAUUUCAUGCAAUACAGGCCUAAAGCUGUUCAUUAGAAUAAUUACAUAUCAAUAUGAUAGAUAGGUACCAUAAAGUUUUAGCAUGUUUUACAAUGACUAACCUUUUUCCAAAUACUUAUUACUAAGACCUGCAUGAAUGAGAGGUAUUGUGUAAAGUUAUGGAAUGUGUGCAAUAUAUUCAAUAUGGGAAAUAUUGUGUUAGAAGCGUUGUGAUUUAUUGGUUUGACACAUAAAUAUUUUCUGCUUUUCAGAUUCAAUUUUUUUUUUUCAAUUUGCAGAAAAAAAUGGCACUGAAAACUAUUCAGUGCUCGAAUGGAUAGAAACCUAUAACUCUUCACUAGACUUUUAUGAUUUCUUUAGCUCUUAUUGGGCCUAAAUUUCUGUGUCAGGGAAAGUUGUUACACAUAAUCUGAAUGCAGAAAUUAGAAAGCUGCGCCAAAUAAGCAGAAAAUAAGGUAUGGUAAAAACUAUUCAAAUGCUUAUAUUUCAUCAAGUUUGCAGGAAAUAUAUUUAUGACAUCUCUUUGUGAUUAUGAAGAAAUUAAAAUACGUAAUCUGAAAAGCGGAAAAAUCACCCAGAUUUUUUUCAAAGUAGAGUUACCUGUAUUCAUUUUUUGAUAAUGGAUUUGUUGAAAAUAUAUACAUGUAUAGGGAGGAUAUUGCAGAGUACAUGUAACUUACAUGACUAAGCUACGUAUAGAUGUAUCUCUUAUUCUAUAUUUUCACUCAUGUUUCUUCCUGUGUUUCUUAUCUCUUCAAUUUCCCCCUUUUUCAUCUCUUGGAAAAAAUAGUUGGAUGGCCAAGGGGGAGUCUUGCCCUUCCCCCUUAAAUAUCAGGUGACAAUGCUUUUAAGAAUCGGUUAGUCUUAUCUCUCAAGUUAUCUACUGUACAAUAUAUGAAUAAUUUACAUUUAUUCAAAUGUUACAGUAUAUUCAUUUUCAAUUUAAUUGAUAAUGGAAUUAAAGAAUCAUCUACAACUUCUAAUGAGAAUUGUAAGGUGUUUUAGUUUGA